AUGGUUUCUCGUCCACCCUCCUCAGCCGACCGGCAAAGCAAUUCAAGAUCGGCGGGCGUGAAUGGGAGUGCGAAGGCAGAAAGGACUCCAGGGACACCGCGGAGAGAAAGAAAGGAAAAGGCUGUGCAGGAUCCAGGACUCAAAGACUACCGUCUAGGAGAAUGUCUCGGGAAGGGAGCAUUUGGUUCUGUCUACAAGGCGUUCAAUUGGGGCACAGGGGAAGCUGUGGCUGUGAAGCAGAUUAAGCUGGGGGACCUCCCCAAGAGUGAAUUGCGGAUGAUUGAGGCCGAAAUAGACCUUCUCAAAAAUCUGCAUCACGACAAUAUUGUCAAAUAUCUUGGUUUCGUUAAGUCUUCAGACUGCCUGAACAUAAUUCUAGAGUAUUGCGAAAAUGGUUCCCUACACUCGAUUUGCAAAAGUUAUGGGAAAUUUCCUGAAAACCUGGUUGGCGUUUACAUGGGACAAAUACUCUUAGGACUCCAAUAUCUGCACGAUCAGGGUGUUAUUCACAGGGACAUAAAGGGCGCGAAUAUUCUUACGACAAAAGAUGGAAAGGUCAAGCUUGCGGAUUUUGGUGUGUCUACUAGCACUCUUGCUGGAGCAGACAAGGAGGCACAAGUUGUUGGAACCCCGUACUGGAUGGCCCCUGAAAUCAUUCAACUUUCUGGUGCAACUCCCGCAUCUGAUAUCUGGAGUUUGGGUUGCACGGUAAUUGAGCUACUUGAGGGCAAACCUCCGUAUCACAAAUUGGCUCCCAUGCCAGCCUUAUUUGCUAUUGUCAAUGAUGAUCACCCCCCUUUGCCUGAAGGAGUUUCACCAGCAGCUCGAGAUUUUCUCAUCCAGUGUUUCCAAAAAGAUCCAAAUCUAAGGGUUUCUGCACGAAAAUUGUUGAAACAUGCUUGGAUCGUGGGCUCACGUAGAACUGAUGCUCCUAUUGCAAAGCCCCCAACGAAUUUCAAUGAAGCGGUCGAAGAGGUAAAACAGUGGAAUGAGGCUUUAAAGUCUCCCACCAGUGCCGGAACGUUUCGUACUUCUACGAGGUCGCAACAGCUUGGUAGCCCCCUACCAGCCCGUCGAGAUCCUCCUUUGAGGAAUAUUCAUAAUGAAUCGCAAAGCAAUAAUAUGAUCACCCCUCCGAAGGGCCCCCUCUCCGUGGCGAAACCGAAAAGUUUGGCGAGUUCUUUCAGGUCUCCAGAAACUGCAGGUAAGCGAGUCUCACUAGGAAAUUUCCAGAAUUCCUUUUGGAAACUGACUGUUGAAGCGGACGAUAAUUGGGAUGAUGACUUCGCUUCUUCUAUAUCUCCAAGUGCGCUUCAACUUCCACACCUAAAGCCUCAUGACAAUUUCGGAGGCCUCCUUUCCGCUGAUCGUCUCAAGUCUUUUGCAUCAUUCGAGUUCGCAAAUGAAGAAUCCGAUAAUUGGGACAAUAACUUUGAGGGCGAUCUUGUGACAAUAAAGGGUCCCAAAACCCAUGUCGAGACGGAUGGCCAUGAAUUAGAGACAAUUCGACCAUACAAAAUCAAAGCUCCCACUAACAUAGAUUUUGAAGAAGACCUUUCUCCUAGAAGUUAUUCGAGAAAGCCAUCUAUCCCUUCUCGUCCGAGAUCUCCUGUCAAGGCACGGGCUGAGGGGAAAUUCGCCUUGCCUUCCAGGCCGGCAAUAAUGUAUCGCGAGACUACCGUAGAAGACUAUUCAGACCUAUUCGUUGACAAUGAUAGUAUUUUUGACAAAAGAUUGGAUAUAAUCAAAGACGAUGCUCUUUCUCCGAAGCUUUUCCACCCAUCUGACCUGACAAGCGUUCCGCGUUCUGCUCAAUCUCCCACUACAAAUGGGGGUAGCAGCUUACGAAGAAAAACCACUCCCAAUUCUCAUGACAAUCCAUCUAUACAUCGUACAAACUCAUCAGUUGAGAUACAAAAAUACGCGGAAAAUGAAGACGAUGAAGAUUUUUCAGACAUAUUUGAUCCACGUGGGGCUGUAGUUCCUAGGAUUGAGACUGACAAAGGCUCAGGAGAAGCACUAAUGAUCAACUCGAAAUUUUCACACAACUCCUGGCUUGGUGACGAGGAUGAUGAAGAUGACCCAUUUGCCUCAUUGGAGCAAGGUUUCGAUGAAAUGGACUUACAAGCCAACAUUGCCAGAGAUAAACAUGCUCGAUUAUGCGCAUCGGUGGAAGGAUUGGUGAGUUCACUGAAAGCAACCCAAGCCGAGCAUGUAUUGUCUGAAUUAUCUGAACAAUUGCUUGAUAUUUUGUACGAGUCCGAGGAUGCAAAGGGCCUGAUAAUCAGUGCUCAUGGAAUGCUUCCAAUUUUGGAGAUACUAGAACCUUGUACCUUGAAAAGCCGUCAAAGUAUGAUAUUGAGAUUAUUGAAGGUUGUCAAUGCAAUCAUUUCGAAUGAUGUCGAAAUUCAAGAAAAUCUUUGCUUUGUUGGAGGAAUUCCUAUCAUCACAAAAUUUGCUGCUAGGCAAUACUCGAAUGAGAUACGUCUUGAGGCUGCUGCUUUCGUAAGACAAAUGUACCAAACUUCUACUUUGACACUUCAAAUGUUUGUCAGUGCUGGUGGACUGAACGUUCUUGUUGAAUUUCUUGACGAGGACUAUGACGAUGCUAGGGAUUUGGUGCUCAUUGGUGUCAAUGGUAUUUGGAAUGUGUUUGAGCUUCAGGGGCCAACUCCAAAGAAUGAUUUCUGUCGCAUCUUCUCGAGAAGCAAGAUCUUAUCCCCAUUAGCGCUCGUCUUAGAUCGUGUGUUAGAUGAAGAUGAUGAGCUUUCUGAGCUUAUUGAAGGUCGCAUUGUCAAUAUAUUCUAUCUUUUCUCUCAAGCAGAAAACUACGUCAAGGAGGUCGUGGCUGAUCAUGUAGUACUCAAACGGGUUCUCAAAGAUCUGAGACGAAUGACACCUGCGCAUCAAAUCACUAUGCUCAAGUUCAUUAAAAAUCUGUCUAUGUUAUCAACUACUCUCGAAUCUUUACAUGCCGCAAACGCCAUCGAACUUCUAAUCGAUCUACUAAGCUCAAGUAUGAAGCGCACGCCUGAUCACUUCCGCGAGAUUUCCAAUCAAGUUCUGAAUACUAUGUAUAAUUUAUGCCGACUGAGUAAGGAGCGACAGGAAGAUGCAGCCUUCAACGGUAUAAUACCAUUACUUCAACGAAUAAUGAAGACGAAACGCCCUCCGAAGGAAUUUGCGCUCCCGAUUUUAUGUGAUAUGGCACAUUCGGGGAAAGUUGGACGUAAAUAUCUCUGGCAGAAUAAGGGAUUACAGUUUUAUGUUUCAUUAUUAGAAGAUCAAUAUUGGCAGGUCACCGCUUUGGACGCUAUAUUCAUUUGGCUCCAAGAAGAGACGGCCAGAGUUGAAAAGGCUCUGCUAGAAGGUAAUUUUACUGCAAUGAUAGUGCAAUGUUUUACUGUAUCCAAAGCAAAUGCCUUCGACUACAAUUUACUAGAGCCUUUACAAAAGCUCCUAAGAUUAAGUUCGCCUAUCGCUGGUUCUCUUACCCGGACUGAUCUGUUCACUGGCAUCCUGCAAAAACUUAACCACAAAAAGGCUGUUGUGCGAUUAAAUUUGCUACGCAUUGUUCGAAGCAUAUGUGAUGCUAGUGGUGACGAAGCAGAAAGCAUCAGGCAUCACGCCUUGUUUGAAGUGAUACAACAUCUCGCUGAGAAUGAUAGCGCUGUGCUGGUAAGAAAUAUGGCAAGUGAGCUAGUCAAGUUCAAUUUGGACAAGGCCUCAGAAAGUGGAAGUGGUUCAAGGUCUCGGUUAGCCCCUAGACGUGGAAGUUCUUUUACGGCACCUGCUCUUCAACAUAGCGCGUCGACUCCUUUGACGCCCACUCAGGCUAGUCGAAUGUCACAAACAUCAGCAUUCAUUGAUGGAAGUGUUACACCUUAUAGGCGCUCGGGUGUCACAUCGACGGCAUCUAGUAGUACCGAAUCUGUGCAUUAUCGACCUAGAACUACAGAGGGCACAACAUCCAUCAUACGAAAAGCGAGCGGUGACUUGACAAAUGGAACACCAGCUAGCAAAAGCCGGUUACCUCGAACGGCGCUCCUUCGUGCAUCACGAUCAUCAAUAGCGGCACCGCAGCUUAGGGACGACCCAUCGCAGCUUAGAAGGGAAAACAGGGAGAAUGGAGUUAGGCCACGAGAAAGAGAACGUGAACGAGAGCCGAUCAGACCUACGUCUUCGAAUGCGGUUAGUGGGCCAGAGCAUAAGUUGAAUAGGAGGAGAACAACGAGACCGCCUAGUGGUGAUGUCAAAUGGUCAUAA